GAAGAUAUUCGCUCUUUAUUUGAAAUGCAGUUUGUCUAUCGAAGUUUUGCCUUUAUCUUGCGUUUCCCUACUGAUUAAUCUCUUUUAGAUUGUUUUCUUUAAAUAACAUUAUAUGUAAUUUUGAUAAUAGAGAUCUAAUUUUAUAGCAGUGCCCUGUGUUUUGUUAAGAUUUGUCUGAAUAACGAAAUUCCUCUGAAAUGUUUGGGAACUUUUGCCAGUUGUUUGAAUAAGCACUCAUGAGUAACACAAGAGCUCUGGUGAGUUGCACAAUACUUUCUCUGCAAGACUCUUGUUUCGUAUACCCAUGCUGCAAAGGCUGUCUGUCCAGGUUAUCUCAGGAAACCAAUAAAAGGGCUACAUGUGUUAAGUGUGGAUUUACAUAUGACUUGCAAAACGUGGACUACAGAUACAGACUCUCUUUUAAAGUGUCCAGAAACCAGGAUAUAUUUGGUGUGACAGUAUUCGGUGGCUGUUUAAAUCCCUUCUUUGGUAUUACUGCGGGUGAUCUUAACAGAUUUAUUGAUUUGGAGAAACCUGAUGGUACAUAUACUAUUCAACAACUGCUUAUCAAAGCUGUAGAGGACUGCUUCAUAGGAAGAUGUAUAGUUUUUGGGUUAAAGGUUUGUAAUACUGAUGCCAAAUCUUGGUGGGCGGAUAACCACACUUCUUCGCUGGCUUUGAUGUCUAGACAGUUAGUGGCUUGUCAAAUAAUUUCUCCAAGUCAGACUUUGAUUGGAUCCACUGUAAUUGGUUAUUUAAAAAACCUUUUGCAAGUAAAUUCACAUUCACGCCAUUCUGAAUCUGCCAACAAUAUCUAUCUAUCACAACAGAAAGACUCACAAAGUUCACAAGGAAAUGAACUAUAUAGCUUUGAUUAUAGUCUGCCAUCAUGUGCAAAGCUGAAUUCUCAACUCAGCAAUGGAGGAUUCACACCCUCAUGCGCAUGGAAAUCACCUGGAUUAUGUUUCACCCCGGAAGAAUUAAGUAAUGACUCAUUACAACAGUUCAGCGAAUAUGAUCUUAAUACUCUUUCACCACAGAAUGAAGACACAAGAACAUGUAAAUGCAGUCUGGAAUUUUUAACUGACAAUUGUUUAUGGUCAAAUCAAAGCCCUGUUGAUCAGUUGAAACAUGUUUAUGGGGUAAAGGAUGGACUGAAAGAUGAAACACAGAACAGUAAUGGAAAAUCUUUGACCUCAAGCUCUUAUAUGUUUGAAUUAUUAGCACAUGUCAGUAGUUCUGCUGUAUGUGACCCUGUAUAUCCCUUGGGGACCAAGUCCUAUGAAAAUUAUUCCAAAAGAGCUACAUCUGACCACUGCCUAGUGAGUGCUAUAUCUGGGCAGGAAUAUGAUGCACCUUGUUUUGAGAAGUCACUUUUCAGUCAUUUUGGUCAAAAUAUAUGUAUUGAUUUUGAGGAUGCACCUUUAUCUGAUAGCUUAGAUGAUUUUGUCAGUGUUGAGUUUCCAGUAUCAGAGAUAAUUGACACUAAGGAGCUAAGGCUUGCAAAUAUGCACAGUUUAGGUAAAACAGAUCAAAUUAUCCAGGACCUAAACAGACGUGCUCUAAUUGAACAUUCCAUGGAGACAAACCAUAUCCCAAAGACUAUACAAAUUCCUCAUUGUGGUGAAACAUCUACGUCCUCACCAAUGUGCAAUGAGAACAACAUAAGCUGGAAAGAGAACGUUGAAAAUCAAUGUCCAGAAAAUCUUGAAAUUGAGAACAAAGCUAACAAUCUUCCUAAUGUUCUGUGCACACCCAAUUCUUCACGUCGAAAAAGGAAAAAGAUUAUCUGCUCAGAUUUAAAUAUGCCUUUUAGUCCUGACUUUGUGAGCUCAAUGCAUCCCCCUAACAGAAAUGAACUCACUUUACAAAGAAAAAGAUUAACCAAGAGCAGGCUCUCUGUGGCUUGUUGUCCAUUAAACCAUGAAGAGGGCAAAUAUUUCAGGCACUGUGCACAAACUGAGGUCCAUUCUAUAAAUUGCAAAGUCAAGCAGGAACAGAGCAUGUUUGAUGAGCAUGGGGAUAAGUACAAUUGCUCUGCCGACUUGUUUGCCUCUUGUCAAAACAUGGCCAUGGACUGUUCGGAUGUGUCAGAGAUGUCUAAUGUAAAUGAACCAAAGAAUGUCAACGCAUCAGAGCCUGGAGUUUCAGGCUUCUUGCUUUUUUCACCAUGUUUGCAAUCAACCCCAGUUUCUUAUUAUGGGCCCUCACUUGGACAGAAGACUGGACGAAGCCAAAAACGUUUACACUCCAGAGAACUUAAUCUUGAGUUUAAAAGUAGCAUCACAGUUCUGAGGGAAAAGUGUGAAAACACACAGAGCAUACCCAAGGUCACAUUGUCUGAGUUGGAUCAGUUGAAGAUUUUUGGCUCUAGAGAAAGUUUACCAGGUGAGCCUGACGUGCAGUAUGCAAGUUGUAGUUCAUCUACAAAUGUAAAUGAAUGGUCCAGAGAUCUUUUUGAAAAUUCAUUUUGAAUUAAGAUCGAAAUUAACUUUAGGGGGGAAAAAAGGAGAAUUAAGAGAAAAAUUUAGAGAUGAACUAAGGCUUUUCCAUCUUAAUUGUCAACGCUUGUUGUAAAAUGAAAUAUAUUUGUAAAUAAGCUGUUGUCUUUGUGUUAUUUGUAAAAAAAAAAAAAAUUAUAGUAAUUUGUAAAAAUAAAUAUGUAAUAACAACCCCGUUUGGUUUUGUGAUUGAAAACUGUGAAUACAUUUUUUGGUUUCCUUUUCA